AUGGCUCCAAGUCUGCGGGCAGCCAGAGCAAGCGGAAGGGCAAGCCGUGGUAGUGUUUGGGUGGCUGUCCAGCUGGGCCAGACCGGGCAGAACUGGACCAGACUUGAAGUAGAAGCGCGUGGAGCAUCACCUUGUCCUCGUUCACUCUGCUCUCGUCCUGGGAGUCCCCAGUCCCCCGUCUUGAACCAAGUCAAGGGCCUACUGGCGCGAGAGUCGCUGGCGCCCGCGCGGGGAUUGGCCCCACGGGCGCGCUUCCCUCCUGGCGGAUUCCGAAGCCCGCCCCGCCACCGUCACCGCACCAGUGGCCCAGGCUUCGUGGGACCAACAGGGCUAACCCUGCUCUGCGGAUCUAAUCUGGAUCGGGACCCGGUCCCAGGGGAGGCCCCCACCUCCCCUUCUGUUGUUCUGGGGCCCAGUUCCUCUCUCAGGUGCGCCCUCAGGCUGGAGGUGAUGGUUGUAGAAGUCGGAGAGCUGAAGCUGGUGGCCAUCUCUGGAACCCUGAGGAGCACUGGCGAGGGAGGGUAGACCCAGGACCUCCGGGUAGGGCUGCAAUGAUAGUGAGUCCCCCAGGACCGCCUCAGCCCGCAGCUUGCUAAAGAUAGCCCUCUACUUCCUGGGGAAAACCACCCCAACCGUCUUCGUGGAUGAGAGUGAAGUCCUCAGUUUGGCUGAAGGUUUCCAACCCUGCUAAGCAGCUGUCUCCAAGUCAUGCGCCUUCAGAAUGGAAAGCGCUUUGGAAUGACACGAUCACUCCCGUUGAGUGGGCACCCGAGAAGCCAUCGGGAAUGUCGUGUCCGCCCAGUGCUCUUUCGGCGCCUCCCAUCAGGGCAUCAGCCCUGGCACAGAAAGCGGCCUUGUCAAGCUUUUCCUGCCCCCGGGUUUCCCUCCUCUCUGGAUUUCCCAGCUCUCUUUGCUGGGUUAGCUUCGAUCUUUAUUAAAAGGAAGAAGUGGCCGGGCGCGGUGGCUCAAGCCUGUAAUCCCAGCACUUUGGGAGGCCGAGGCGGGUGGAUC